GCAGUUACAACGUAUACAUUCUCCCGGUUCGGUCACAAAAAGUUAGCUUCGGUGACAAUUUUUGCAUACAAUAACGUUAUUAUUUCAGUUUUGAUCAGAACUCAAAAGUGUACUACAGCAGCUUAAUUAAUUUCCAUUGUUACUUCUCGUGCAUAUUUUGACGGUAACGGUUCGCAAAAUAACACCCCGUUUCAGCAAUUAAAAUGGUAUCGAAGAAGGAUCCCACAGCCUGGCUGGAUAAUGCCUUCUUCGAAAAAGUGCUUCGGCAGGCUCUCAGCGACAAAGCUAUCACUGUUGAAGACUUCUUCAUAAGCCUCAACAACGAUUCCAGCACUCAGUACGCCAGCACAAUUUAUCGAGCCACGGUCAGCUAUUGGAUCAAGGGCAAGGUCGACCAUAUUGCUCUCGUUAUAAAGCUGAUUUCUUCAAAAGUAAACCAGCUAGCUGACGCAAAUUCCUUCCAAAAUGAACUCAAUCUGUACAGAAACUACAUCAGUAGAAUGGAAGAUCUGUUGGCACAGGCAGGAUACUCGGAUCUUCAUCUGGCUCCAAGAUUGAUAUACGCAUCUACGGAACCUCAGCCAGUGAUGAUCUUGGAAGACGUAACUCACAAUCACUACGAGCUAUACAAGAGUUCCAUGAAUUUUGAUGAUGCUAAAGUAGUAACGGAGAAACUUGCCAGAUUCCAUGCAGCAUCUUUCUGUCUGUUGAAGGACAUUUCGAACAAAAUUCCCGACGAUCUGUUCAGUGGUUUGUUCAAGGCAAAGCCUAACCAAGGUGUGAAGUUUAUGGAGGAAAAUUUUGGCAUUUUCGCUGAAGAGAUCGCCAAGUGGGAGGGCUUUGAACAUUAUGCAGAAAAAGUGGGGAAGCUGUUGCCAAACUUUCUGCAGCGUGGAAUUGAGAUCUACAACCCAGAAAUUGAAAGUGCUUCCCUCAAAGUGCUUAACCAUGGGGAUUUCCACUAUAACAACAUGCUGGUUAAGUUCGAUAGCGAACGAUCCGCCAUAUUGGAUGUUCUCUUUGUCGACUUUCAACUGAGCUUCUGGGGCACUCCAGCGGUUGACCUCUACUAUCUGCUUUAUCUGGUUUGCAAUCGAGAGACACGUGACGAACACCGACAGGAGCUUAUCUACCACUACCACCAGAAGUUGACGGAAACUUUGGACAAAAUGGGCCACAUCGGAACCGUCCCGACGUUAUUAGAUCUUAACAAUGAUCUGCUGCGGGCAGGAUUCCUGGAGGUGGUGAUCGUUGUGUGUUUUAUUCCAUUUUUGUUUGCCGAUUACAGCGCAGCGCUGAAUGUGUUUGGCGAAACGAACGACGCCAAAGCCUACCGAAGGCAGCUGUACUGCAAUCCUCAAUACCGAGAGAUACUGGAACCCCUGUUGCCGUACUUUUUACAUAAAGGUUUCUUGGAUUGAAAUCGUUCGGAAGAUAUCAAGAAAUACAUUCUAGGCUUACUAUCAACAUAGGAACUGUACUGAGUAAUGAAAAAGAAUUAAAAAAAUUAUGGACAUUUUUGAAAAAUCA